ACGAUUCCCAGUAUGCCCGGGGAGAGUGCGUUGCAUCCUGGGAGCUGUAGUCCUGAACCCUCCGGUGACAAGAGAGCGAGCGAGCGAGCGAGUACUAAGCGGGGAGGUGUAGCAACCAGGGCAGCUGUUUAAUGGAAGUGUUCGGCACGCGCCCGCCUCCAUGAGGCAGGCAGAUUGAUUAAUGGAAGAAUGGAUAAAGAUGUACAGGAGAUAGUUAAAAUCUAAAACAUUUGAAUAAUAUGCAGAUCACAUAAUAUGAUAAUGUAAAAUGCUUUAAAAGGAUGCUACGUACCUCAUUCACCUGACCAACACUAAUGCUUACUUUAAUACUUACCCCUUUAAAAUAUUAAUGUGUACUGAAGAAUUUCUAGCACAGCUAAAUCUUGUGCAAGGCCUUUGGAGAAAAAAAUGUCCCUCUCUCGAGUUGAAAAUCCUUGCUUUCUUCUUUUCUUGGUCAUCUUUCAAGCAAUAUUUAUUUUGAUAUUAUAUCGAGGUGGAGCUUCAAGUGUGUUUCAGGGUUUUUUAGAUGUUCCUCAACCAUUGGACUACUCAAAAACGGAAGAUGUGUAUACAAAUCUCAGCUUGUUUAUUCAUGCUCCUGAUAAGGAAACUAUGCCGUACUGUACACCACAGUCACCAAUAUUUGUUGGACCCUUAAAAAUUACCUUUAACGUGCUACGCAGUGAAAGAACAAUCAUCAGCAAAAAUCCUUAUGUCCGGUUAGGUGGGCAGUACAGCCCUCCCCACUGCCUGGCUCGUUACAAAACGGCAAUCAUUGUGCCACACAGGAACCGUGAAAAACAGCUGCGCCACUUGCUGUAUUACCUUCAUCCCUUCCUCCAGCGUCAGCAGCUUCACUACCGCAUCUACUUGAUUCACCAGGCUGGAAAUGGUCCAUUUAACCAAGCAAAACUUCUUAAUAUUGGCAUCCGUGAGGCCAUGAAGGAUGACGACUGGGAUUGCCUGCUUCUGCAUAAUGUAGACCUUGUUCCAGAGAAUGAUUAUAAUCUCUAUGUCUGUGAUGAAUACUACCCCAAACACAUGUCCAGUGCCAUAGACAAGUUACAGUACAGUUUGCCAUAUUGGUCCUUCUUUGGCGGUGUGUCCGCUUUGACCCCAGAGCAUUACAUGAAGAUGAAUGGGUUUCCAAAUACCUACUGGGACCGCGGUGGUGAGCAUGAUGACAUUGCUGAAAGGAUUAGGUUAGCAGGAAUGAAAAUAGUUCGGACCCCACCACAUCUUGGGCGUUACAAGAUGAUGGACCGUGGGCAAAUUUCUAGCUAUGCUGACACUGUUAAAAGGCCUGCUGUAUUACACACUAGAAUAACAUGGAAGGACGAUGGAAUGAAUUCUCUAGAGUUCAAAGUCUUGGCCAAGAAGCAGCAUCCUCUUUAUACUAACAUUACUGUGGAUAUCGGGGACCCACCAAUGCAGCCUUCACUGAGCAAAAUAUAGGAGAGCAAAGGCUGAGAUUGUGACAACAUCUGACUGUUUGGCAAUGCUGCACAUGCCUGAGAACACAGCGGUUAUGAAAGUGCAUUUCUUUACUCUGAACUUCUGUUUACAAGAAGGAAAUGAGAAGUGCUCAGGAAUGGCAACAGUGGUAUUAACUUUAUUGUGAAAAACACUUGAGCACUGUUAAGUGCAAUGACUACUGAGACUCUGCACUCUUCCCUCACUACGUGCACAGCUCUUCUCAAAGAGCAAACUGUAGAACACCCAGCCAGCUACACUGUGAUGUGAGUACUUCAGAUUAGUGGGUACUUCAGAUUAUUGUAUCCUUUCUGCAACUACCUGAACUGAAUGCAAGAUACUCUUACGUGUUUGACCUAGUUAAGAACAGUUUGUUUUUGAGAAGGAUUGCCAAUUAGACAGCCUGUUCUUCUGCACCUUAGUGCGAAGGCUUUAAGGCUGCAGUUAAGUGUUACUAUAAGUGUUAACAUUUUUUUUUUAAAAAAGCAACUCAAUGAAAUCAAACUCAAGUUGAAAAGUUGAGAAGCAAUGUUUUUUUUUGUAAUGUACCUAAAAGUUAUUUGCACUGUUUCUUUUCAUGCUUUAGCAAACUUGGUCUGUCCCUAAUACUUAACUACCUCCAGAAAGCAAAUGCUCACACCCAGUUCAAUCACCAUGGGAGUACCCCUGAGAAUUUUCUGUGACAAGCCAUCGGGCUGCAAUGUGCGAUUCUGUUUGCCCCUAUAAAUUAUAUAUUACAGCACUUGUCUGUCACCAACUGCUAAGGAUUUUUGUAAACACCUGUAGGAUAGUAAAUGUUUGUGUUAACAGUUUUACAUUGAGAGAAAUGUCAGGUUUUUUCCUGAGUUUCUAGAAGAUGUUAUAAAUGUGAGAAUUAUCUUACAGCUUAAAAUGUGGUUCAGUCUAAAGCAAGAGAGGGAUACUUGCACUGUACAGUCAGAGUUGUCCAGAGCACAUGGUGUUACUGAGAAUGCACUAGUCUAAAAACCUCUUCGUCCAUAUGCAAACAGACUUUUUUCUUCCCGAAGAUUGUUCUUAAAUGCUGUGUCAUAUUUAAGUCUCUCUACAGUCUUUCACUGUAUUUACUUGCACUUGUUUUCCAAACUUUAUAUAUAAACCAAGGUGUUUUUAAAAAGCUGAUAAGAAAUUAAGAACCACAAUUUACAAACAAUAAUUUUUUUUCAAUUUGUCAUGGAUUUGUUGACUUCUGUUGCAAGCAGAAUAAAAUUUUAUGUAAGAAA